AAAUAUUCAACCAGUUUACUGCAAAGUAAUCAGAAGUGUUUUUAGCAAUAAUUUAGUUUCAUGUUAUAAGUGAUCAUAUAAAUCAUCAUGACAGAUUCAAUUGAAGGGAAACGAAAUGGUAUUUAUUCAUCCAUGGAUUCGUUGAAACCUAAGCGAAAGAUUAAACUUCGCUGGAUUGUGAUAACAAUUAUUGCCCUACAAUCAUUUGUAUUAAUAGCGAUCAAAAUGUGUAUGAGUUUAGCUGUUGUAGCGAUGAUCAGUGAUGUAACUUGUAAGGUGGAUAAUUCAACAGGUCUCAAGUCCAAAGGAUGCUACGAAUCGGAUACUCAUCGUGAAUAUCAUGUCGACUGGAGCGACUCACAAAAGAGUCGAUUUCUUCAGUCAUUCAUUUGGGGUUCAUUAGGAAUGGCCAUUUGCGGUGGACGAAUCGCCGAAAUCUAUGGUCCUCGGAAAGUUGCCUCAAUUGCGAUUCUAACAACUGGACUUAUAAACCUUUCAUUUCCAUGGAUCGCUAGACGAUCCUAUUGGUAUUCUUAUUUAGUUCGUCUUGCCCAAGGAAUAUGUUCAGCGAUAGCAGUGCCAACAUCGCAGGUCAUAUUAACUCGAUGGAUUCCUCAGCAAGAAAAAACAAUCGCCAGUUCCAUAAUCACAUCAGGAGCUCUUUUCAGUGGAGCUUUAACUCCUCCAAUCGUUGGUCUAAUGGUCAGUGGCGAUUUCCUAGGUGGUUGGCCUUUAGUCUUUUACUCUUUCGGUGCAACCGCUAUAAUAAUGAGCGUAGUGGUGUUUAUAAUGAUUCGAGAUGAUCCAGGAAAACAUCCGCUAAUUAAACAAGAUGAAUUAAUUGAGAUCAUGCAACACAGAUUAGUUAGAAAAGGAAAAGCAAAAAGUUUACCAUGGGGAUCGUUAUUAGCUUCUCCAGCAAUAUUCGCCAUUUUAUCGGCUAAUUUCUGCUACUCUUGGACCGCUGGAUUUUUCUCUCAACAAUUAUCAUCUUUCUACAAGGAUGUUCUCCAUGUUAGCUACAAAUCGAAUGGAGUCAUGACUGCUCUUCCUUACAUUGUCUCCAUUCUGGUCAACUACACCGCUGGAUAUUUGGUUGAUUGGCUGCGAGCAAGUGAAAUAUUGUCCACAAUUAGACUACGAAAAAUUUGUACCUUCAUUGGUUAUGGGGUUUAUGCUGCUUGCUUGUUCUUAAUUCCAUUUGUUGGUCCACACAUAGGAACCGUUGUAAUAUUGGCCACAAUUGCGAAAGGAUUUGGUGCUCUAAACAUCGCUGGUCCAGGUUCCAAUCAUUUGGAUAUCUGUCCAAGUUUUGCUGGUACAUUCAAUGGCCUUGCUCGAACGAUUGCCGAUACAUCACAAAUCUUAAUGAACGAAGCAGUGGCCUGGUUAGUUGGCGAUAAUCCCACACCCGAGAGAUGGUACUCAACAUUUUACUUAUCAGCGAUUUUAAUAGUUAUCGGAGCCAUUUUAUAUGUUCUUUUGGCUUCAGCUAAGGUUCAACAUUGGGACCCUGCUUAUCGUAAGCCUGAUAAUCAACAAAACACAAUUGGUUCACCGAAAAAGGCAAAAUCUGAAUUCAGAGUGAAAGUAAAAGAGGAAGAGAAAUAUUAAAGUCACAUUUCAUUUAUAAAAAAAAUGGAUCAACAAUUGAAAAUUUUAAGUCACUUCCCUUUUCAAGUUCAAACUUUUUUAACCUUCACGAUUAUUUAAUAUCAAAUAAUAAACCUGCAGUUAAUAUAUCGGGUGACCGAAAAUGAUUGAGUAUCUCACGAACUUUAAGUUUUAGAUCCACAUUUUUAUAAAUUUUGAGAAAGUGAAUUUUACGCUGAGUCCAAAAAUGUUCGGCUUUUUUUUCUAGGACGUACGGUUCUCGAGAAAUCGAGUGGUCUGAAAAGCGAACGGUUGACUUUGGACUCAAAAUUUUUGGUCAAAAUUAACGGAAAUUGCUCUUUAACUUCCCCAUUAUAAAUUUCUCAUAGAGAAAAUCGCGAUUUGGUCUUUAAAUAAGAACCACAGUUGCAUUUGAGCUUCGAAAAUUUUGAAAAAAUUAUUUAUUUAUAUUUGAUCGAUGGCGCUUCCAAUGAAGUUUGAAACUUUAUUCUAGGACUUACCAUUCUUGGGAUGCUCACUCAUUUUUGGUCACCCGAUAAUUAAAACGAUCUCGAUAAACAUACGAAA